AUGGCAGACGGUGGCUAUGGUAUCACUUGGGACAAUGGCUCGCGACAGCCUAUGUAUGCGUAUCAGCUCGUGUACCCAUGGGCACUGUUCUUCGUCAAAGCCAGCAUCUUGGCCCUCUACCAUCGAAUCUUCACCCAAACCAAGUUUCGCUAUACCGUGUACGGUGUAGCCGCCUUUGUUGCUAUCCAGACAGUCGUUGUCACAUUUGUCAACGCCUUCGAGUGCGGAAGAGAGCCAUGGAGAGCCUGGUCCCCAACCUUUCCGAAAGGAUGUAACGAUCUGGCCAAGACAUAUAUCUCGAUGGCUUCGGUGAACAUCCUCACCGAUAUUUUCAUCCUGGUUAUGCCGAUGCGCGCUUUUGGGCAACUGAAACUUCAACGGACCAAGCGAUUUGCGCUCCUCGGUGUGUUCAUGGUCGGCGGCGUAGCGGUGAUCGCCUCUAUCGUUCGGCUGUACGCUCUCUAUUUGUACGCUGUAACGGAUGAUCCACCAUACGAUGAUGUGUUCAUCCUCUUGCUUUCGCAAAUCGAAGUAAACGCAGCUAUCAUAUCUGCUUCCGCCCCAGCGCUCCGACCUCUUCUUACCAAGGCAUUCAUGUCCUCAUCCCACAACUCAUCUGGCCAGUACCCAGUCUCUUACGGGCUCGGUGGGCCAAACUCAAAGAUGCUCAGCCGUACUGUUCGAACACGUUCAAGGGGACAUAUGGAGCUCUACUCGUUCAACGGAACAAAGAGAACUAGCAAGAUUCCAAAACACGGAUCGAAGAAGACUACUUGGGAGAUUCUAUACAUGGAGGGCAUGGUAGAAAUGGGGAAACCCAAGGUUAUGAUGGCGUGA